UCUUGUUUUAGGAGUCACUUCUUGGGGUGCUGCUUCUGCAAUUCUUCUUUUUAAUCAGUUGUUGGAAAUCUUCCUGUUUCUGUGUUUGAAUUCUCCUCUGCUGUAUGAAAAACUCCUACUGAUGUCUGCUGCUGCCUGUAACUUUUCUUCCUCUUCUUCUGUCUACAUUUCUUCAUCUCUAGGACUUCCCCUUGUUGGUGUUUCUCUUUUUCCUCAUUUUUUCUGCUCUGAAGUUUCCACCUGGAUAUUUUGCUUCAGUAUGCUGUGCUUUGUGAUGGCUGACCAGGUGAUUUCACAGUGCUGGUCAACAGAUACUGCUCUUGUGUUUAAAAAAAAAAAAGGCAUUAUUUAUGAGUUAUACAUCUGUUCAAUGAUGUGGAUGAGUGUGCCCUGGGGCUUGAUGACUGCCACCCCGAUGCUAUUUGUCAAAACACCCCGAAGCUGUACAAGUGCAUGUGCAAAGUGGGUUACACUGGUGAAGGGAAGAAAUGUGAAGACAUUGAUGAAUGUGAUAAUGACUUCAAUGGAGGCUGCGUCCACGAGUGUUUCAACAUCCCAGGGAAUUACCGCUGUACUUGCUAUGAUGGCUUUAUGUUGGCUCAUGAUGGCCAUAACUGCCUGGAUACAGAUGAAUGCAUGUUCAACAACGGUGGCUGCCAGCACGUGUGUGUCAACACUGUGGGAAGCUAUGAAUGCCGCUGCAAGGAAGGGUUCUUUCUGAGUGAUAACCAGCACACGUGCAUCCACCGCUCAGAAGAAGGCAUGAGCUGCAUGAAUAAAGAUCAUGGCUGUGCCCACAUCUGCAGAGAAACACCCAAAGGAGGAGUUGCCUGUGAAUGCCGACCAGGAUUUGAACUGUCCAAGAACCAGAGGAGCUGCAUUUUAACGUGUAAUCACGGAAAUGGUGGCUGUCAACAUACGUGUGAUGAUGCUGAUAACGGGCCAAUUUGUGGAUGUCACCCCAAGUACAUCAUGCAUGUGGAUGGGAAGACCUGUCUGGAGAGGGAAGAGGCUGCUGUUGACGUGUCUGAGGGGAACGCUACAGCAGGAGCUGAUGUGGACAAGAGGGUGAAGCGACGGUUGCUCAUGGAAACGUGUGCAGUAAAUAAUGGUGGCUGUGAUCGUACGUGUAAAGAUACAUCGACGGGAGUUCACUGCAGCUGUCCUGUUGGAUUCACCCUCCAAUUUGAUGGGAAGACAUGUAAAGAUAUUGACGAAUGCCAGUCCAAUAAUGGAGGCUGUGAUCAUUUCUGUAAAAACACUGUUGGCAGUUUUGAUUGCAGCUGCAGAAAAGGAUUUAAAUUAUUAACAGAUGAGAAGUCUUGUCAAGACAUUGAUGAAUGCUCCUUCGAACGGACGUGUGACCACAAGUGCAUCAAUCACCCGGGCACCUUUGAGUGUACUUGUAACAAAGGAUACGCUCUCUAUGGCUUCACACAUUGUGGAGAUAUUAAUGAAUGUAGCGUCAACAAUGGUGGUUGCCAACAGCUGUGUGUGAACACACCGGGAGACUACGAAUGCCUGUGUCACUCUAACUACAAAUUACACUGGAAUAAAAAGGAUUGUGUUGACACCUGCGAUGCGCGCUGUGCUCGGAAAAAGACUGAGAAGAGGUUCCGUAAAACCAUUCGGACCUUACGGAAGACAGUCAGCAGGGACCAGUUCCGUGUCCGUGUCUCUGGCAUGGACCACGAAGUGGCCAGAAAGUCUCUCAAGCUAUCAGAGCCCCAGCAGUCUUGUGGUGUAGGACAGAUGCAUGUUGGUAACAGAUGUGAUCAGUGCUUACCAGGUGAAUAUUCUCCUGACGGCUUCAAACCCUGUCUGCCAUGUCCCCUUGGAACAUACCAGCCUGAAGCUGGGCGAGUGUCCUGCUUUCCCUGUGGAGGAGGUCUAACCACAAGACAUAGUGGUGCAUCCUUGUUUCAGGACUGUGAGACCAAAGUUCAGUGUUCUCCUGGCCAUUUUUACAAUACCACGACUCAUCGGUGUAUUCGCUGCGCAGUUGGGACAUACCAGCCUGAGUUUGGACAAAAUUACUGCAUUUCAUGCCCUGGAAACACCACUACUGAUUUUGAUGGCUCAACAAAUGUAACACAGUGCAAAAAUAGACAGUGUGGAGGUGAAUUGGGAGAUUACACUGGAUAUAUCGAAUCACCCAACUAUCCUGGGGACUAUCCUGCAAACACUGAGUGCACCUGGAAUAUUAACCCACCGCCAAAGCGCCGAAUUCUGAUUGUGGUUCCAGAAAUAUUUCUACCAAUAGAAGAUGAGUGUGGAGACUACCUGGUGAUGCGAAAAAGCUCUUCUUCCAACUCGGUGACCACGUAUGAGACCUGUCAAACCUACGAACGCCCUAUAGCUUUCACUUCUAGGUCUAAGAAAUUGUGGAUCCAGUUCAAGUCAAACGAAGGGAACAGUGCCAAAGGAUUCCAAGUUCCUUAUGUAACGUAUGAUGAGGAUUACCAAGAACUAAUAGAAGACAUUGUUCGGGAUGGUAGACUUUAUGCAUCUGAAAAUCAUCAAGAAAUACUUAAGGACAAGAAACUGAUAAAAGCAUUGUUUGACGUGUUGGCACAUCCACAGAACUACUUCAAAUACACAGCCCAAGAGUCAAGAGAGAUGUUCCCAAGAUCCUUUAUCCGGCUGCUGCGCUCUAAAGUUUCCAGAUUUCUGAGGCCUUACAAAUAGUUGGCUCUGUACUCAAAAGACUAACCAGCCCUCAGCAUGCACAGAGGGGUUGUGGCAGGUGGGGCUGCUGUCUGUGUUUUACACACUGGCAGAGGAACUCCAGGGAAGCUUUCCAGCUCCAUUCUUGGCAGAGUUUGGCUUUCUCAGCUAAUAUAAAUAUUUUGGUGAACAGAAUUUUGAUUCCUUUCCAGAUAAUACCUUUUGGGUACCAAGGAUACUUCAUGGGUCUCUGAAUUAGAGACUGCCCAUCAUUUCUUUAACCAAAUGGUGCCAAGCAGAAGUUUGUAGAGCUCUGCACUGUUGCUUCAUAAGUAACUCCAAAAGCUAAUGAGGACAGACAGGCUAAGUAGUGUGGUUUGGGAUGAACUCUGGGCUGCCAUUACUGCAUGUUACCUCAACAAAGCUGGGUUCAUGUUUGGUCUCGCUGAAAGUGAGAACUAGAUUGAUGUCUCUAUUAACUUUUGCUACACAGGAAAUUCAGAGCUAAGAUUGAAGUAGUUUUAGUCUAAACCAGUGAGUCCAAGAAUUGCACACGAUGAAUUUUUUCUCUGAAUGAUAUGUUUUAUGAGGUAUAUGGAGGAAUAAGCAAAGGGUUGAAUAUUAGCUUGAAUGCUCUGGGUCUGGGUCACACUGUGUUCGUGCUGAUGACCUAUUGGUAUAAAUUGAGUGAUAAAAGAAUAAAACCAGGACACCACAGUAAUGGAAAACAGACCCUGAUCUGCUGAACACUUCCGUUUUGGGCUGGCUUCAAAUAUUAUAACACAACAGGUUCUUUGCUAAACCCCAGUGCACUCUGCCUUUGCCUAGGCCUGGGACAGCAUGAGGCAUUGGCUCUUUCAAGUAGUAUAAAAUUCUGUCCUCUGAGCACCUGCAGUUGAACACCACACAAGCCCCAUUUUAAAUGCAGGCUUUGCAUAGAUUAUACUCUUUUACAUCACUGUUUAAACCUGUAUAAGGUUCUUACAUGAGCCUCAAUCCUUAUAUUUCUUAUCUUGUCUGAGCACCUUGCAAUGACCUCGUUGAGCAGAGAAGGGCUGCUUUCCCUGUCUUGCUGGGGAGAAAUAGACCUACAAAGAGAUUCCUCAACCAGACUGUGGCUGCAAAAGUCAUCUAUGGCACAAUGCCGUUCAGGAUUCCCAAACUGUGUCCUUUUCCUCAGGUUGUGUUCCUUGUGUGAGAGAAGGCUGUUCUGAAAGGGCCUGUAGGGAGAACUAGGCUGAUCAAAAUGUUUUUGUUGUCUCAGUGGCUUUUCUGUCCACACUUAACGUUCCAUCACUGUCCUCUGACUGUGCAAACCGCUUCCUCACUGCAACGUACCUUCUGGGCCUUCUGUCUUGAAGGGAGUUGGCCUCAGUCCCGCUCAUUUGGAGAUGGAGUUACCACCUCUGUCCGUUGGUCACUGGCAGUGCUGAGUGGUGCAAUGGGCACCAACCUUCCUCAUGCACCCCCCUUAGCGAAGAUACAGAUGUUUUGAAGGUGGCCAGGACAAAUGCUCCAUUUCCCAGGGUGUGGAGUCGGAUCUCCCCAGGUUUCAUUGCAUUGGUAUGUGGUAUUUAACUGUUGUAUGUGAAUAAUACCACAUGCACAGCGUGACAGAUGAAACUCUCAUCCAGAGCCAGGGUAUGAAUCUCUUCCCUAUGCUGUUAGGAGCAAAUGAAUACAACCAAAUGCAGCAUUGCUGAACUGUCGUGUCAUGCAGCCCGGUUCUGGGGCAGCCUGUCUUGUGGUAAGAACAUAUCUUGGUCACAGUGUGAUGGGAAGGGACAGUGGCCUUAGUCCAUGGCUGGGGAGCAGAGCCCUCUCAGGAUGGGGAGAUGUGAUGCUGUGUUCCUCUUGCUGCUGCCCAGAGACAAUUCCCAUGGUCUGAGCAGAGGAGGGAAACGGUUUGAGUUGCUGCCAAGAGGGAGAACUGUCCCCUAAACUGGCUGCACUGGGGCUCCUGCUCCAGCUUAAGAUCUUCUUGCGGAUUCCUGUGGCAGGGUGGUAAGUCUC